GCUUCGUCGCGGCUGGGGCAGGUGUCGCGGUUUGUUGCGUUUCGAAGACCCGCCGCCGUGCCCGGAGCGUGCGCGUGCGUGGUGUGCUGUAAAGCUCUCCGGGUAGCAGUUCUAAAAAUAUAGCGGCAGUUGAUGCUAUUGGAAGCUACAGUUCUUCACACCUCAAGAACAAAACAUUUUGCUGUGACCUAAGCCCAUGCAGUACGCAUCUCAUCUCAGAUUGGAUGCAGUAUCCAAAGGGACGUGUACUUCUUUCCCUGCAGACCACGCCCAGCACAGUGCUGCUCGGGGGAUGCAGGACAUAGGAUGAAGGAAACUUUGAAUGAAGGGACAUUGUUAAAGUCCCGUCCUUACUUCACGCUCUGUUAAAUGGUGAAGUCAUUUACCAUCCCGUUUUCCACCCCCUUGUCCAAGAAAGAGAAGAAUUAAUGAACAGAGUUAUGCUGAGAAUGUUUGAGCAGAUAAUAGCCGUAUUCAAAACCUCAGGUCAGAUGUCUUCAAAAUCGUACUAUCAGUCAUAUUAGUUAAAGCAUAAACAAACAUUUGUGACUGACGUAGCUACUUCAAGUAGGCUAAUGCCUCCGUCAGCGCUACUCAGACUGGAACAGGCUGAGAGAAAGCAGAAUCAGAAUGAAGCGGUUACUUGUGUUUAUCUUCCUCCUGGUCCUCAUGACCGCUUUUACAGACACUUCACCAAUUUUGACUGAGAAAGAAGCCAAACAGAUUCUGAGAACUCGUCGUGAAGACAGACGAAGAAAAGCUGGUUUCCCUGAUGAGCCAAUGAGGGAGCACAUGCUUUACCUCCAGCGCUUGGAGCAGAGAUCGGAAGAGCAAUUCCUAGAGCACUGGUUGAAUCCACAUUGCUUCCCACACUGCAACCGGGACUUAGUCCAUCCCAUCUAAUGGUCUUGCCUACCCUGUGAUUGAUCUCUCCAUGGGCGCGGAAGAAGAUACAGACUGUGACUGUGCUAAGGACAAGAUUAUUACUGCAUUGGCUGUAUGCUCACUGUAGAGCUGAAUCUCUUUGCAAUAAUUACAAUCCUAGUGUCGUGACAAAACUUCCAAACAUAAGUAGCUAGACACAUUGUAGACCAACAUACACUUUCCACCUGUAGAGAAAAUAAUGAUUGCAUGCAUGAACAAAUAAAUGAAGGCUUUCCUCCAAGGUCUGAGGUACGGGCAAGAAUAAAUCACUAUCUAGUCCAGAGGAUGCUUUCUAAGGGGACAGCUUUUGACUGUCUAAAGUAAAUGGAACUUAAAUGGACUUCGGAGGAAAUGUUAAUUAUAGUUUUGUAGGUUAAAUAACAAUAUUAUAGGAAGACAACAUUUAUGCAGCUCUGAUCUAUCUUCAAUUGCUUGAUGAGCAUUUCAUGUAUUGUUUCAUAAUAAAUGCUUGAUUCAGAUCCA